AUGGUUCUGCAAUUUUUUUCUCUCGUUUUCUUUAUUGUCCACUACGUUACUUUUGUUGGUUCUGUUAACGAUGAAGGUCUUUCUCUUCUAUCCUUCAAGCAAUCGAUGGAAGACUCUCGUUAUCUAGACAACUGGAAGUCAACAGAUUUAAACCCGUGUUCGUGGUAUGGAGUUACUUGUAGCAGAGAAGGAAAGGUCUUUUCUGUCAGGCUUCCGAAUAAAGGACUGUCAGGGAUUCUGCAACUUGAUACUGGUAAGCUUGUUGCAUUGAAUCAUGUUCAUCUCGGGAACAACCACUUCUUCGGACGCUUGCCUGUCGAACUCUUUAACACAAUAGGAUUAAAAUCCUUGGUCCUCUCCGAAAACUCAUUUUCCGGGCCAGUCCCUGAUGAGAUAGGGAACCUCAAGUACCUACAGCGUCUAGAUCUUUCGCAAAAUUCUUUCAAUGGGUCAUUACCCUCAUCUCUUAUUCAAUGCAAGAGACUGAAGAAUCUCGUACUCAGUCGAAACAGUUUCACAGGCUCUCUACCAGAUGCAUUAGGGACCAAUUUGGUUAUGCUUCAGACACUGAAUCUUUCACAUAACAGCUUCAGGGGUUCGAUCCCUGGCAGCCUAGGCAACUUGUCAAGCUUGCAAGGAGUGCUUGAUCUAUCUCACAAUCUUUUCGAUGGCCCUAUUCCAGCAAGUCUAGGAAAUCUCCCCGAGUUCGUUUAUAUUAAUCUCACAUACAACAAUCUUAGCGGUGCAAUACCACAAAAUGAUGCUCUGGUGAAUUUAGGUCCAACUGCUUUUAUUGGCAACCCUUUACUUUGUGGGCCUCCUCUGAAAACUCAAUGCCCUCCAGCCACUCCCCCUCCAAAUAUGGAUCCUAAACCCUUGGCAGUAGGAGACAGCUCAGGCAAGCAUGGGGAAGGAAAAUGGUGCUUGGUUGUGAUUGCAACUGUUGCAGGUACAAUGGCAGGCAUUUGCCUAGUUGGUUUAUCUUUCUGUUACUGGUACAAGAAGGUUUACGGUAGUAAAGAAAGCAAACGUACUCAGAGCUGUAGUUUUGAAGAAAAAUCAACGGUUAGAAAGGAAAUGUUCUGCUUCAGAACUGAUGACCUGGAAUCUCUAUCAGAAACUAUGGAACAGUACACCUUUGUUCCAUUAGACUCGAAGGUCACUUUUGAUCUUGACCAACUUCUCAAAGCAUCUGCUUUUCUGGUUGGAAAGAGCGGUAUAGGGAUCGUCUAUAAAGUUGUUCUUGAAAAGGGGCUAACUGUGGCAGUGAGAAGACUGGAAGAUGGAGGUUCUCAGACGUUCAAGGAGUUUCAAACUGCAGUUGAAGCAAUUGGCAAAAUUAGACAUCCAAACAUUGUCAGCCUACUAGCUUAUUGCUGGUGCAUCAACGAGAAGUUGCUUAUCUACGAUUAUGUGCCCAAUGGAGACCUUGCCACUGCAAUUCAUGGAAGAACAGGAAUGACGUACUUCAAGCCUCUUUCAUGGUCUAUUCGACUUAGAAUCAUCAAAGAAUUAGCCAAGGGCUUAGCUUUUCUACAUGAAUGCAGUCCCAAAAGGUACGUCCAUGGAAAUUUAAAGACUAGCAAUGUACUGCUCGGAGAGAACAUGGAGCCCCUCAUCUCCGAUUUCGGACUCAGCUGCUUUGCUUAUACAAGUGAGGAAUCCUUGCCAAUUCAAGGGGAACAAAUGACAAGCGGAACAUCACAACAAGGUUCUCCAUAUGCACUGACACCAACACAUUCAAGCACGCCUGGGUCUUGUUACGAAGCUCCUGAGUCCUCAAAAAUCAUAAAACCAUCACAGAAGUGGGAUGUUUACUCAUUUGGGGUGAUUCUAUUGGAGAUCAUUUCUGGGAAGUCACCAAUUAUGCAGAUAAGUCUGUCAGGAAUGGAUCUAGUCCGAUGGAUUCAGCUUAGCAUCGAAGUGAAACCACCAUCAGAAGCCCUAGAUCCCUUCUUAGCUCGUGAUCUGGACAAGGAACAUGAGAUGGUUGCAGUACUUAAGAUUGCUCUGGCCUGUGUUCAUGCAAGCCCUGACAAGAGACCCUCCAUGAAGAAUGUGAGUGAGAAUCUGGGAAGAUUGGCCUCGUUGACUUAA